ACUGAACUACACACAACAGAUGGGUAGGACGCACCUUGCUGCUGGCUGGGCAGCUCAGCUGAGGGGGAAGGAAGGUGCUUGCAAGCUCCCCGACUCUCUCCCACCUCUCUGUGUCCUUGGGUGGCCCUGUCCGAUGACAAGGAGCAGACGGGCCGCGGUUUAAGGAAAGGUUUCCAUUAAUACACCGCCUGGCUUAAACAAAAACAGAUUGAUCACGUUGUACAGACAGACACAAUAAAGAACACUGCCAGGACCUGAUGUUGAACGCAGUGUUUGCUGGCAGAAUUGAGAAGCAGAGAUUAGCACUGGAAGUACAGCAAUUAAUGCCACAAUUCUUCAGAUGAGACACUUCUCCAACAGACACAAACACCAUGAACACAUCAGACAAUGGAAUUAGCAGUUCGUGUGCAAUCUGUGGAGAUAGAGCAACAGGAAAACACUAUGGUGCCUCCAGUUGUGAUGGAUGCAAGGGUUUCUUCAGACGAAGCAUAAGGAAGAGCCAUGUAUAUUCUUGCAGAUUUAAUCGGCAAUGUGUCGUUGACAAAGACAAGAGGAACCAAUGCAGAUAUUGCAGAUUGAAGAAAUGUUUUCGAGCUGGCAUGAAGAAAGAAGCUGUACAGAAUGAGCGAGAUCGAAUAAGUAACAGACGGAACAAUUAUGAAAGCUGCAGCUCACCUUCGAUCGCCACACUGGCUCAAGCUGAACUUCUAUCUCAUCAGCAGAUCUCCCUCUCUGUUUCGGCAGCAAGCACAGAUAUCACCACUAAGAAAGUUGCCAGUAUUAGCGAUGUCUGCGAGUCAAUGAAGGAACAGUUGCUGGUUUUGGUGGAAUGGGCAAAAUAUAUUCCAGCUUUCUGUGAACUGCCAUUAGAUGAUCAGGUUGCUUUGUUAAGAGCACAUGCUGGGGAACACUUACUGCUUGGUGUGGCAAAACGGUCCAUGUUAUACAAGGAUGUCCUAUUACUAGGGAAUGAUUAUGCCAUACACCGCAACAGUCCGGAAAUAGAAAUUAGUCGCGUGGCAAAUAGGAUUUUGGAUGAGUUGGUGCAGCCUUUCCAAGAAAUUCAGAUCGAUGACAAUGAAUAUGCCUGCUUGAAAGCAAUUGUUUUCUUUGAUCCAGAUGCAAAGGCUUUAAACAAUCCAUCAAAAAUCAAGACAAUGCGUUACCAAGUGCAAGUUAGUUUGGAAGAUUACAUUAAUGAUCGACAGUAUGAUUCCCGAGGGCGAUUUGGAGAGCUGCUACUGCUGUUACCUACUCUUCAAAGUAUAACUUGGCAAAUGAUCGAACAAAUCCAAUUUGUCAAACUUUUUGGACUUGCUAAAAUUGACAACUUGCUCCAAGAAAUGCUGCUGGGAGGUACAGCGAAUGAUCCAUCCCAUCUUCAUCAUCCUGGGCAUCCUCAUGUAGCUCAAGAUCCACUGACAGGCCAGACUAUACUGAUCAGUUCAAUGCCUGCGGCAGCUCACACUGAAUCAAUGUCUACACCAGAGACCCCACUACCAUCUCCUCCACAAGGUUCAGGACAAGAACAAUACAAGCUUGCUUCAAACCACCACUCGGUCAUUUCUCAACAAGUGCCACUACCGAAGCAGAAGGGCUUGUGAUGUCAACACAAUUUUAUGAAUGUCAGUUUGUGCUUUCUGUACACAUCAGACACCAGAAGCAUGAGUGCAGCUGAAAGGUGGAAAGUGACACUGCCAUUCUGUACUGCUUGUGUUCAUGGCUGUUUAAUUUCUUGAUGUUGCCAAUAAUGGUUUUUUUUGUGUGUGUGGGGUUUACCAUUUGAAGAGUAAAAUGCUGUUGCUCUUAAACACAAGUUGCAAUCUCAGGUUGUUAUUUUAAAGGGAUUUGGUUAAACUCGUUUGUAUCAUGACAAAGCAACCUUGGUCCACUUCAAAAGUUGGUGUUGUAACUGUUAUAAAUUAUAGAUUAGAUUUACAUUCAGACAGCUGUUUUACUAUUUUCCAUUCUGAUGUAGCCAUAAUUUAGACCUGCAACAGUGAGUGAAUAGGCUACUUCAUAGUUGUUUGUGUACAGACUGUAAAUUCUGCUUCUAAGACUGGUUUUUCUUCAGCUUUUUAAAGUAAGUGAAAAUUGAAGGUGACACAUUAAACUCCAUAAGUGACAGUUUGCCCAACCAAGGAUACUGAUGAUAUCCUAACUGUAUAACUGAGAUGUAUGAUAUUACAGCCAAUAUUGCAUUACUAGAUAGCUUUUAUUUUGUUGUGUAUAUAUAUCUCUGUUUAAAAUUUGCCUGUUUUGAGUCUUGCCAUUUAAAUUCAUACCUUACUGUACUACCCUUGGUAUAUCUCCUAACAAGUUUGAUUGCCAGAUUUUACCACUUGGUUUCACAUUGAAUGGCCAGAAGAGGGAGCUUUACUGAAAAAAUAAUUAAUUAAUUCCUUUUAUACCAGAAUACCAUUCGCUACCCAUUUAUGAAAUCUGUACCAUUUAUGAUCAGCUUCCAGAGUAAUAUCAGACCUUAACA